CAAGCGACUGAAGGAUGCAUCUACUUCAGCCUCGGCAGCAACGCCAUGAGUUCGGACAUGCCGAAAGAAACUAUACAGGUUUUCCUCGAUGUGUUCGAUAAAUUGCCCUACAAAGUUGUGUGGAAGUACGAGAAAGAGCCGCCAGUCAAACGAGACAAUAUCUUUUUCGGAAAAUGGCUUCCCCAACAAAGUAUUCUUGCACAUCCCAAUGUGAAGAUGUUCAUUUACCAAGGAGGUCUGCAGAGUACGGAAGAAGCGGUACAUUUCACGGU